AGUACCUGAUUGUCGAUCGCUUUUCCUUUUUGUACAUGCGUGUGGGAAGAAGCGUUACGAACAUUUAGUACGUCAUUUUGCCGCACAGGGAACAGUGCACCAACAUGGACUGGCAAAUAAACCGAGUACACAUCCAAAGUCAUUUAAACCGGCUGACAUCGAAAAACCUGUUAAAUUUACUGAGUCUAUCGCCGAUUUAAUGGCUCUUCCACUGCCCGGACGACUCCCAAAAUUUAAGGAUUUUCGGAUARUGAAACUGCCAUCCAGCAAGACGAAGUCCUCAAUUUAUCGAAAAUACAUUUCUUCACUCAGUGAUGACGAAUUGAAGAUGAGUAAUCGCAGUUUUCGACGGAUAUGGUCCAAAUACAUACCCUACGUUACAGUUAUGAAACCAGCGGAUGAUCUCUGCGAUGUCUGCCGUGAAAUACUCACCGUCGUCACAGCAGUCGUUCUGUCAUUUGAUUUUGACCAAACCGUUCACUACCCUGCCAGUCCACAACAACCUGGUACAGCAUACUUCAAAGCAACCAAGAGGUGCGGAGUCUUCGGAAUUACAGACGAAAAACGAAAAGUUCAGUACAAUUACGUGCUAGACCAAAAAGGUGACGUUGGUAAAGGACCGAACUGUGUUGUGAGCAUCCUGCAUUAUCACCUGGAAACUUACUAUAAAGACAUUGAAACACUCGUUCUUUUCUGUGACAAUUGUGUUGGGCAGAAUAAGAAUAACACUGUGCUAUCAUAUCUGCAAUGGCGUUUGGCUCGGGGUCUUAACAAAACUAUUUUAUUCAAUUUUCUACUUACAGGGCACACUAAUAAGUAUGCUGUCAGUAACAUCGACACGUAUGCAGAUUUACUGCAGUAUGUUGAGGCAUCAUCACCUGGGGGUUAUAAUAAAGCUGUAUCGCCUGAAACAGUCGUCUGGUAUGAAUGGGACAGCUAUUUUAAACUACUGUACAAGUCACUUGUUGGAAUAACGCAAUUCUAUCAUUUCAUAAUCUCUACAGAUUGUGUAAAAACAAAGAAAUUCGCAGAGAGUGAAGAAGUGUAG